AUGACGGAUUCGUCGCUGCAGGAUCGCUUGCGCGACCAUGCAAAGGCCUUUGACGGCUUGCUGUCGCUGAUCCCGGCCAAGAUGUACUAUGGGGAGGAUACCUCUCCCCAGGACCAGUGGAACCGCAAAAAGCAGACCAAGGCCGAGGCAAAGGCCGCCCGCAUGGGCAAGCUCGACCCCGACAGCGACCGCAACCGCAACGCAAAGGACGUCAUGGAGGAGCGCGCCAAGAACAAGCGCAAGCUGCAGGAGAUGGAGGACGCCGAGCAGGCGGCGCAGCCCAAGCCGGCGCCCGCCGCGGCGGAGCAGGCGGAGGACAAGGAGCCGAGCACCGCGCAGCAGGAUGUAGAAAACGACAACGACGCCCCCGGCGUCGUGCAGGAGACGCCCGGCCAGGGCCUCAGGAGACGGGACCUCAUUGCGAAUAAGAAGCUCAAGAUCGACCGCGACUUUGAGCAGGAUACCCUCGUUGGCGUCAGCGAUGCCAACCCUGCCGACAUGACGCAGGAUCAGCUCAUGAAGCUCGCCAAGCGCGACGGCCAAAGGGCGGACCGCAAGGCCAAGCAGGCGCGGCAGGCGGAGAAGAAGGCGAAGAAGCUGGCUGCUAAGGAGGCUGCUUCUGCUACUGCCAGCCAAAAGGUGAAGGAGGAGCCGGUCGAGGCCAGCGAGCCAGUCAAGGCCAGCGAGCCAGCCAAGGCCGACACGAAGGCCACCGGGGCGAAAAAGGCAAAGGAGCAAAAGCCCACAAGCAAGACAGCCGCCAACCCCCCGUCGGACGACGGCUACGAGACGGUCGACUCGGAGGCUGAGGCUGAGACUGGCAAGCCCAGCCUCGACAUUGCCGGCCUCGAAGAGAAGCCUGCAUCCACAGCAUCCAGCCAACGCUCACCCUCGCACUCGCCCGUGUUCGACGAAGCCGCGGCACCAGCCUCGGGCAGCGCGGCCACGUCGGUCGACGUGCCCCCGUCAGACAAGCCCAAGCAGCUCAAGAUCCCACAGGACACAUCGGCGCUCAAGGCGCGUCUGGCAGCGCGCAUAGCGGAACUCCAGGCGGCGCGCAAGGCCAUCGGGCCGGACGGCAAGCCGAUCCGCACACGGCAGGAGCUCAUCGAGGCGCAGCGGGCGCGGCAGGCGCAGCGCAAAGCGCACAAGCAGGAGCAGCGGCGGCAGGCGCGGCUCGAGGAGGAGAGGCAGCGCGACGAGGCGCUCGCGUCCAACUCGCCGUCCAUCAUGUCGCCGGCGCUCGACCACCUGCUCGGCGACGGCGCCGCCGAGCCGCCGACCGACUACACGUUUGGCCGCGUCGCCUUUGACGACGGCACGCGUAUGUCGCGCGACCUGACGCACGUCCUCGGCACGCGCAAGAAGAAGGGGCCCUCGGACCCCAAGACGGCGCUCCUGCGGCUGCAGAACCAGAAGAAGAAGCACGCGGCCCUCGACGACGCGCGGCGCGACGACAUUGCCGACAAGGAGACGUGGCUGACGGCGCGCCGCCGCGCCGAGGGCGACAAGAUCCGCGACGACGAGGCGACGCUCAAGAAGACGAUCAAGCGCAAGGACAAGCAGAAGCGCAAGAGCGAGAAGGAGUGGAAGGACCGCACAGAGGGCGUCGCCCACGCCAAGGCCGAGAAGCAGAAGAAGCGCGAGGCCAACCUCAAGAAGCGCAAGGACGACAAGAAGCUCGGCAAGGCCGGCCGCAAGGCCGUCGGCGCCGCCGCCAAGAAGAAGGGCCGCCCCGGCUUCGAGGGCGGCUCCUUUGGCGGCAAGAAGAAGAAAUGA